CGUGGCCGCACCCGAAUUCAAAAGAGAGCAGAAUGGACAGACGUACUUAGCAUGCCCUUAACUUCACGGUCUCAGCGAUAUAUGUAUCCAUACUCAGUGCCGCGGCAACUCUCUAUCCAGCAGUAACACCAGAACCUUGUGGGAUAUUCUUUAAUCUGAACACUCCGGGUAUGGAUGAGGGCAGACUUGUUAUCACCUCUCGUCUGUUCAUCACAGUCAUCUUCCCGGGGCGUCUCAUCGCCACCCUCACCCUCGAUGAACUCCUGCAGUUUGUUUGUGAGGGAUCCAUUGACAUGCCUGUCAUCGCGGAGGCAGAAAUAGAAGAUCGAAGUAAGGGUGAUGGACUAUCGGAAGGCAUCGCCCUUCUUCAACUUACAUGCUGGACUAGGGAAACGCACGGGUACGGGUGACACCGCGGUUCUAUGCUGACGGGUUUGGAGGGUACGGGUACGGAGUAGGAUAGUCGUACCCUUGAG